AUGGCGGCUGAGGCAGUGACACUGGGGUCAUAUACGGAGUCAGCGUCUAAAAAGAGCCUCGCAGACGGCCGGCCUGUACGGUUCAAUUUGGCUGAGAGCAACACAGCCCCUGCCAGUCCUGACGGCGAGCAGAAGCCAGUUCGUGAAUCGAUUCAUUUUGACCUGUUGGGAGCCCCGCUGCCAGAUCAGGAAACAAGAACGGAUUCAAAAGCAGCGGCAAGGAAGCCAACUGUCCCCGUUGGGGCCAAUGGCCGCCCUCUACCCAUCCUGAAGGGCAACAGGACAUUCGGUUACGGACAAGCGCGGCGCCUGGUGGAGCAACUGCGAGUCAAGUUUGCAUUCGACAGGAACGAGACACACUUCUACUGCCCCGACUCGAACGAGCAUACGGAGCCACCUCCGGCGCCUGCCGAGUUGCGUGACGCCGUCCGGGGCUUCCUCAAGUCCUCAAAGAAACUAACCCAAGAGUCUCAGGAACUUACGCAAAGUGCUGAACAGAAGCUAGAAGAAACUAAACAGAUCGAGCAGGAACUAACAGCUAUGACACAGAAAUACGUGGAGAAACUAGAGAAUCACAAAUCAACACAGAAAGCCAAACAGACAGUCGUCGUCACAAGCACGAGGCCCCCACGCCGCUUCCUGUGCUGGGGUCCCUCCCCUGUAGUGCUGCCAUAG